AUGUCUACCACGCGACUUGCUCCUUCUGUUAAUCACAGCGGCAGGACUGGGUCAAGAGUCUCUGUUGAUAAGACCUCUAUCCCUGUCAAUGGUCACACGACUUCCAAGUCCCCUGCUCUCGCCCUCACCGGCCAGUCACGCUGGGCCGGUUGGUCGUAUCCUCAGCCACCGAACGUUGGUGGAGCGACCGAGGUUAUACAUGGGGUGGAGAUCAAAGAUCCGUGGAGGGAGCUCGAAGACCCCGAGAAGGACGAAACCAAGCGGUUCGUACGCGAGCAGAACGAACUUAGUAUUCCCCUUCUCCGGUCGCACCCUCACCGCCAGUUGCUGGAAGACGCCGUACGACAGGUCUGUACAUAUGAACGAACAUCAGUACCGAGUCUGAUGGGCGAUGGGUACUACUAUUGGACGUAUAACCAAGGCAGCUGGAGCAGGGACAUAGUCGUCCGCUCCAAAGACCUUCAACAAGAUUUUGGCCGACUUCCAGAGGGCAUCCAGAGUCCAGAUCCAGUCGAGACCACAGAUGUAGCGACCAAAGAACAUCGGCCCGGACCAGAGGUGGUGUUCAAUCCAAAUCAGGAAGAUAUGAUCUCCAUCUAUGCGGAGUCUUGGAGCCCGUGUGGCAGAUUCUACUGUGUCAUUUUGCAAGAGGCAGGGAGCGAUUGGCAGAAGAUUCGGACCCUGGAUACUACCACUAGACAGCCCAUCGAAGACGACCUCAUCGAAUCCAAGUUUACCUUUGGAACCAGCUGGAUAGGUUCCAACGGCUUCAUCUACAAGAAGCCAAUCAGAGCGUUGGAUAUCAACGGAAACGCGUCAGCCUCCUCUGCAGCCCUUGCAGAAGCCGACGGUCAAUACGCCAUGUUCUAUCAUCAUUUGAAAACACCUCAAUGCGAAGAUGUCAUGGUAUGGUAUGGAACAGGUCCGAACGCCAGAAAUUUGAUCACUGGUCGACCGAUAGAUUGCUCGUGGGAUCUUCGAGGGGAUCAAAAAGGUCGGAGAUGGGUCUUUUGGGACAUUCACCGAAGUGCCAGCGCAGAGACCGAGUCUUUCAUCUUUGAGCUGCCCCUAAACCUAGACGGGAUGUCGGGGCGAGAGACUGGAAUGCAACUGAAGAGGCUGAUCGGUCAGGGCAAGUGGUUGAGUCGAGGCUUCACCGGAUCCUUGCAUUAUAUUGGCACCCUAUCCAAUGACACUCAUCUUUUUGAGGGAACCGCCAAUGGCUACACGUUGGGCCGCAUAGUCGCCAUCACCGCUGCAGACAUUGAUCAGACCGUCCCGGGAGGCGACGUGCCAUUCACUCAGCUGAUCCCUUCUCAUCCAUCUGGCUUCAAUCUCCUCAGCGCCAAUCUCGUCAAGGACUCCGUCCUUGUCCUCGUCUACUUAAGAGACGCAUGCGCAGCCGUCGUCUUCGCGGAUGCACGCACAGGCGACAUUAUCGGAGCUUCAGAUCAACAUGGAACUCUGGGUCACGCCAUGACAACGCCUAGUCUAGAGAUUCCUGUCCCAGCUGAAGAACUGGACAGAAGACUCGACGCAAAGCACGCAGUUGCUAUUCCUGCCCACGCAACCAUCUCCAGCGUCUCUUCGAGAUCCGACUCGGCAGAUUUUUACUUCUCAGUCGAUACGUUCGUGGCUCCCCCUUACGUUCUCAGCGGGGUCAUAUUACCUGGUGUAGGAGAGCCGGAUAUCAAGCUGUCAAGGAUCGAUCAUGCUCCGGCGCCAGAGGAAGAUCUCGUCUGUACGCAAACCUUCUACGAGUCUUUUGACGGGGUGAAGAUCCCCUUGUUCAUCUCCCACGCCAGAGACCUUGAUCUCACUCGUCCACAGCCCACUUUGGUUCAUGCUUAUGGAGGUUUCGGAGUGUGCAGCACGCCACAAUACAAUCAUCAGUUUACGACGUUUAUGCGGCAUGUACGUGGAAUCGUCGCCGUCGCUUGUAUUCGCGGUGGCGGGGAGUACGGAGCAGAUUGGCACGAAUGUGCUCGACAGAUCAACCGCUUCAUCUGCUAUGAGGAUUUCUCACAUGCGGCCAAAUACCUCCACGCCGUCGGUCUCACUACACCGGCUCUGACGGCGUCUUACGGCGUAUCGAAUGGAGGAACCCUCGUAGCGGCAAGUAUGAACAGAGAUCCCCAUCUGUGGCGAGCGGUCUGUCCAGAUGUAGGGGUGUUCGACUCGACAAGAUUCCAUCUUUUCACCAUCGGUCGACUAUGGAAAGCUGAAGCUGGGGAUCCUGAAGAUCCGAUGCAAUUGCAAUACAUUCAUGCCAUGUCACCUCUACACUCUGUCAAGGCGGACGACGACAUUGUCUAUCCCGCAGUGUUCCUCACAACAGCCGAUCACGAUGUCAGAGUGAUACCGGGACACACGCUAAAAAUGCUCGCCGAGCUACAAGCAAAAAGGAAGAACAAUCCAAACAUCUUCCUUGGGAGGAUCUAUGAGAAUGCAGGACACGAGGUGACGAGUAAAUCUACCGAACAAAAGGUCGAAGAGGCAGUAGAUCGACUUGUAUUCAUCAUUUCAGCUAUAGGUUUGUAG